GAACGGGGCGCGACCUACCUUGAAUUUGUCCAAUAUAAAUUCUCGGGUUUGUUGCAAAAAGAAACUGUUUGCAACCGUUUGGACUAAUUAUUACCCUGGACUGGAAAAUACUGGGGACGCGCCUCAACAAGCAAGGGUUCACAAUCCGUCAAAAUCUCAGAUGAAAAAACUGGGCAAGCUACGAUUUAUAACACGGUACAACAUGAGGUUGCAUUGACCCUGAUAGUACUACCCCAGUAGCCUAGCACGAGGUGAAGGCUAGGUCACAGUGGUCAGUAACCCAGCUAGAAGGCUUGGCUCCAGGCUAGCCAACCUGCCAGCAGAGGGAGGGGGCCUUGCCACGGAACGGCCUGGUGAGCUGCGGAGACGAGCAGCGGCGGGGGGGUUGUGAUGAGCGGGAAGAGCCUGCUGUUAAAGGUGAUCCUGCUGGGGGACGGUGGCGUGGGGAAAUCUUCCUUAAUGAACCGCUACGUCACGGACCGCUUCGACGCCCAGUCCUUCCACACCAUCGGGGUGGAGUUCCUCAACAGAGACCUGGAGGUGGACGGGCGCCUGGUGACCCUUCAGAUCUGGGACACGGCGGGUCAGGAGCGCUUCAAGUCCCUGAGGACGCCGUUCUACCGUGGCGCUGACUGCUGCCUCCUCACCUUCGCUGUAGACGACCUGCACAGCUUCCAGAACCUGGCCAGCUGGAAGAAAGAGUUCAUGUUUUACUCUGACGUACGAGACCCAGAGAGGUUCCCCUUCGUUGUCCUGGGCAACAAGGUGGACAAGGAGGAGGGGAAGGAGGUGGGGGAGGAUGAGGCUCGGGCCUGGUGCGAGGAGAACGGCUGUUGUCCCUACUUCGAGACCAGUGCUAAGGACGAUACUAACGUGGGAGUGGCAUUCGAGGCAGCGGUACGGGAGGUUCUGGCGGCGGAGGAUCAGAUCGACCACACGCUGUUGAGUAGCACUAUCGAUCUCCACGGCAACCGUAAAGUACCGCGCUCUUCUUGCUGCUGAUUGGUUGAAAGGACUGGUUUCCCUCUCCGUCCAGCCUGUAGCAUCCUGAGGGCUAGAGAGCUGUUCUGCUCUCCACUGAUCUCCAUGGUUAUUUACCUGAUGCAGGUACAAGCUGCUGAGACUGAUCAUCGGGUAUCAAUACAGCUGAUUUUAAAGAGUGUUGGGUUGUCAGUAUCGACACAUCUGAUUUUUAAAGUUUAUCAAUGAGAUACAAUAUGUUGUUCAACUCUGUCUGCUUUCAGCAGUAUAGCACAAAACUGCUCUUUACAUCCAGCCAGCUUCAUGUAUCUGCCCUGUGUAAUGUUUUCAGCAUAUUUUGUUAUUUUACUUAACUAGGCAAGUCAGUUAAGAACAAAUUCUUAUUUUCAAUGACAGACUAGGAACAGUGGGUUAACUGCCUGUUCAGGGGCAGAACGACAGAUUUGUACCUUGUCAGCUUGGGGAUUUGAACUUGCAACCUUCCGGUUACGAGUCCAAAGCUCUAACCACUAGGCUACCCCAGCCCUCUUACAGAACAGUCAUUUUAAUCUGAUAAUAUUCAUGAGUCCUUUCUGUUCUCCUCUCCAAGAGCACAGGCUGCUUGUGGCACAGCAACGUUCUCAUUCAUUUCUUUAUCUGUCUGUCUGCUGAGUCUUCUAAGGUCUCAUAGGUACUUAGAAUCAUGUUCUGGUCAAUCACACUGUCAGGUCUCAUGACAGUGGUUGGCUGACUGACCAGAGGAAUAUCAUUUAAUAUAAUACAUAUAGACAUGGUGUGUUGACUGACUGACCAGAGGAAUAUCAUUUAAUAUAAUACAUAUAGACAUGGUGUGUUGACUGACCAGUGGAAUAUCAUUUAAUAUAAUACAUAUAGACAUGGUGUGUUGACUGACUGACCAGAGGAAUAUCAUUUAAUAUAAUACAUAUAGACAUGGUGUGUUGACUGACCAGAGGAAUAUCAUUUAAUAUAAUACAUAUAGACAUGGUGUGUUGACUGACUGACCAGAGGAAUAUCAUUUAAUAUAAUACAUAUAGACAUGGUGUGUUGACUGACUGACCAGAGGAAUAUAAUUUAAUAUAAUACAUAUAGACAUGGUGUGUUGACUGACCAGAGGAAUAUCAUUUAAUAUAAUACAUAUAGACAUGGUGUGUUGACUGACUGACCAGAGGAAUAUAAUUUAAUAUAAUACAUAUAGACAUGGUGUGUUGACUGACCAGAGGAAUAUCAUUUAAUAUAAUACAUAUAGACAUGGUGUGUUGACUGACUGACCAGAGGAAUAUCAUUUAAUAUAAUACAUAUAGACAUGGUGUGUUGACUGACCAGAGGAAUAUCAUUUAAUAUAAUACAUAUAGACAUGGUGUGUUGACUGACCAGAGGAAUAUCAUUUAAUAUAAUACAUAUAGACAUGGUGUGUUGACUGACUGACCAGAGGAAUAUCAUUUAAUAUAAUACAUAUAGACAUGGUGUGUUGACUGACCAGAGGAAUAUCAUUUAAUAUAAUACAUAUAGACAUGGUGUGUUGACUGACCAGAGGAAUAUCAUUUAAUAUAAUACAUAUAGACAUGGUGUGUUGACUGACUGACCAGAGGAAUAUCAUUUAAUAUAAUACAUAUAGACAUGGUGUGUUGACUGACCAGAGGAAUAUCAUUUAAUAUAAUACAUAUAGACAUGGUGUGUUGACUGACCAGAGGAAUAUCAUUUAAUAUAAUACAUAUAGACAUGGUGUGUUGACUGACUGACCAGAGGAAUAUAAUACAUAUAGACAUGGUGUGUUGACUGACCAGAGGAAUAUAAUUUAAUACAAUACAUAUAGAUAUUUAAUACACUGACAUAGACCUCUACAUGAAGCUGGACUUGAUCCAGUCACAUCUUGUUUAAGAACUGACAACAUUGAUUGCACACAUUACUGUACCAGGACAAAUGUUUACUGCACAAAAAGGAAUUUGAUUUUCUCCAAAGGGAAAGAUGUUUCUGUUCUGUCAUAUCUGUUCAAAACUGGGUACAUGUCUAUUGGAGGUAGUUUGUAUCUAUACCAGGUGCGACAGUAUUUCCUCGUCCUUGGGGCUUUCUAGGCCUGUCUGAAUCAAGUGUUAUGUCUACGUGUGAGAGUUGCAGGAGACGCCUGGUUUAAUUUCAUCCCUUACCUACUACGGUACGUACAGUUGAAGUUUACAUACACUUAGGUUGGAGUUAUUAAACCUCGUGUUUUUUCAACCACUCCACAAAUUUCUUGUAAACAAAGUUUUACCUACUACGGUACAUACCGUUUUUUUGUUGUUUUUGUGAGAUCCCUUUCAUUUUUUAGUCGGUCUCUCCUGACACCAAUGAUAUGUUCUUAAUCAAUAAAGUGUAUUCCUUUA